AUGCCCGUAGAGGUGCAUGGCGAGAGCUUCGUGACCUCGUUUGACUCAGAUAUACUACAGGCCCAGGACAUCACCGAUGCGGAAGAGCGCCUACCAGCACUUGGGUUGGAAUUGAACAUCAUAAGAAACAGACAAGUCGAAAUCACCACAUCCGACGGAUCUUCGCCCGGUGGCCUUUCGGAGGAACGAGGCAGUCCGACGAAUCCGGUGUCCCAAGGCGUUCCGCCGGAGCUUGCCAAUUUCCUCGCAGAAAUCAUCUUUAUCCUCGUUUGUACAGCCGGUCAAGUCAUCUUCUCACUGACCUUGGGACAUAUAGCCGUUACCCAGUUUGUGUUUCGUGAGGCAUUGGGCAUGGUCCCAGCGCAGGCUCCUUGGCUUAUAGGCUCUUCGGCAUUGGCAAGCGGCCUGUCAGUCAUAGUCUUUGGCCCAUUAGCUGAUCUCGCUCCUCCCAAACCUCUCAUGGUAGGGGCUUUUCUAUGGGAAGCGGUCUGGAAUGCGGUGACGGCCGCAGCCGUUUCUCCAAAGCUCAAGGUCCUGUUCUUUGUGGCACGAGCCAUGCAGGGCCUGGCAGUUGGAGUACUCGUUUCCGCUUCGAUGAGCAUCCUUGGACGAGUGUAUAAUCCGGGGAUCCGCAAGACACGUGUGUUUUCGAUGAUGGCAGCAGGGGCGCCGUUUGGCUACUGGAUUGGCUGCGUCCAAGGAGGUCUUCUCGCUGCUCAUCUUCCCUGGAUAUUCGGCAGCACGGCCUUGUUCCUCAUAUUAUGCGCUCUUGCUGCUUACCUUACGAUACCUGAUCUGAAGCCAGCCGCAGACAGUUCCAGUGCAGAUACGCCUUCAAUGAAGCAGUUUGACUAUCUCGGCGCUUUGCUCGCAUCGCUGGGCUGUGGAUUGGUUCUGUUUGGGCUUACUCAGGGCUCAGCGGUUCAAUGGAGUCCAUAUACUUAUAUCACCAUUAUCCUGGGAUUUCUUCUACUUGUUGCAUUCCACUUUGCUGAGCGCCGUGCUACUCGCCCUCUUAUUCCAAAUGGGCUUUGGCGAACGCCUGGGUUUGCUGCUGUUCUGGUCUCUUACAUUUUCGGGUUUGGUGGCUACGCCGGCGCGUGGCAAUUUUAUGCCAUUCAAUUUUGGAUCCGCUACCAGGGAGCUACUCCGCUCACUGCAGCGCUGUAUAUCCUUCCAAACGGCAUCAUCGGCGUUCUCGCAGCCUGGGUCGUUUCUAAGACGCUGCAUGUGGUUCCUGGUCACUGGAUUUUUGGUGUCAGCAUGGUUUGCUUUGGUAUGGGGCCGGUAUUCUUUCUUCCUCAGACACCAAACUCCUCUUACUGGGCCUUGUCAAUGCCAGGUGUUGCUUUGGCCACAUUCGGACCUGAUUUGAGCUUUGCAGCGGCAACUAUCUUCAUUACUUCGAGCGUACCAAGGUCGUAUCAGGGUUCGGCUGGUAGUCUUUUGGUCACCGUGCAGAACUUGACUCUGGCAAUCAUUACUUCUGUAUCCGGCUCAAUAGGGAUCAAAGUCGAUCAGCUUCCUGAUGGAGAGGUAGGGCUCGAAGGUAUACGUGCUAUCUGGUGGUUUGGUCUUGCUUCUGCUAUAAUUGGAGUAUUGAUAACCAUCACUAUGGUGCGGAUUCCCAAAGCAGAAGAGAAGGAACAUGUGCAGUAA